UACUUGUUCCGGUCCAACCUGGCAACACGAGCUUCCCGGAACAAGGGAACUAGAUCAUUGUUGACAACUGUGGCUUGUCUGCAAACUUCUUCAGUUUACAGAACAAUGCGUUCACUGAAAUUGCUGUGGAUGUGUUUAGUGGUGAUGUCGAUUGGUUAUCCUCAGUACUAGCUGACUCAGCCGCCAGGUUAGCUAGCUGCAGAGUUAACAGAUUUGAGUCGUAACAUUUCAGAGCAUCUGGUGGUGCGCGUUAGCUAGCUAGCAGGGCUUAGCUAAAGAGAUUGCACCAGCAUGGGUGAUGGAAGUAUUACUCCCAGGAUCGGCAACAUGAGGGCUUUGCUUGGAAUAGUUGCCGGAGCUGGAGCCUCCUAUGGGAUAUACAAACUCAUCAGCAUGGGAGGCAUGAAAAGAAACAAGAAAAGUGUCCCCAACGAAAGUCCUGGUAUCAGGAGCAGCUCGCCCAGUGAAGUGACCCUGCAGCCGGGCAGCCUGCUGGCCAAAGUGUCUGGACUGGACGUGGUCUGUCCCCGACCUGCGGAUGUAACAUCUGGUGACAUCAUCCAUCAGUCCCCUGACAACCUGGACCCACAACACCUGAAGAUGCUGCUGUCAUGUCUGCAGUCCAGCACUAAUCCAUCUGACAGAUCCAAGAUCCUUGUUACAUUAGGAAAUGCUGCUGCCUUCACUGUGAAUCAGAAUCUAAUCCGGGAAUAUGAAGGGAUUCACAUUAUUGCUGGUUGCCUCUCUGACUCUGAGCCAGAGGUCAGAGUUCAGACUCUAAAUGCUUUAAAUAAUCUGUGUAUGAACAUCCAAAACCAAGAACAAAUAAAGGUGUAUGUGCCACAGGUGGUGGAGCUGAUUGAGGUGUCACCAGUGAAUUCUGACCUUCAGCUUGGUGCUCUCAGGCUGCUGACAAACCUCUCAGUCACAGAUAAACACCAGCACUUACUGAAGGAUUCAGUUACACUUUUACUCUCUCUGCUUGUUGUUAGCAAUGAAGCUUUGCAGGUCCAGGCUCUGAAAGUUCUGGUGAAUUUGUCAUCUAAUCCAGAUAUGAUGGAUGACAUUGUUCAAGCUCAGGCCCCAGCCUCUGUUGUGCUGCUGUUUGAUGCUCGGACAGCCUCUGCAGUGCUUCUGCGACUGCUGACCUUUGCAGGGAACUUAAAGGCCUGGAGGCCGUCUGCCCAGGUGGCUGAUGAACUGAGGCGGAAGCAGGAUUGCCUCUUCAGGGUCAUGUUAGACGAGUCCUCCCAGCUUCACAGCAGACUGGUUCAACUCCUUUCUCACCCUGAUGGGGAGAUUCAAGCCCAGGUGGCUCGUAUCUUGACGUAGACCUCACAUUCUGCACUCUUGAACCAUGCACAGCUUUAGCUUUUACACACCUCACCAAAGCCACACAUAUUUUCACUUUGAUUCUAAAUCUGUUGACAUUAAUAUCAUAAAAGAGCAGGCUGCUUUGCCUCCCGUGGAUUGUACAGUGUUUUCUCCUGCACUCUCUUUAAGUGUUCCGCCGAUCAAAUCUGUUGCCACUCACAGCUAAGUUAUUUAUUUUGCCUCACAAACCGCCCUUCCCUGAUGUCUAAUUUCUUUCACUACAUUUAAUUUAUUAGCAAUGAAUUACAAGAAGCAGGAAGAAACCAUUUGUGUCCAUGUUUUCUUCCUGCCAACAAGAGCUUUCUUCUCAUUGCCAGAGACUAUUUUCCUUCAAAGCUCCAGAGUGCCCUUCCUUCUGAGAACUUGACCUGCUUUUCUGAAGGUGUAUUCCAGGUGAAAUUUCUUAAUCCAAACCCACUGCCAAACGUUUUCUAAGAGAAUGUGUCUGAAUGACCUUUGCAGCAUGAGAUGAACCGCUCUGGGAUUCAUAGCGACGCUAAGACGGAGAGCUGAAGAGAUUUUGUGCUGCAUACCUGAGCAUGCCUUGGAGACAUAGAUGAAUGGAUUUAUUGCUGCUCCAGUCCUCACUAAAUGAUCAUUUGGCUUGUUGGAUUUUAAAGAUCUUAAUUGAAUGACAGAGGGAUGAAUUGUCAAAUUUUUCCCUCAUAAGAGUCCACAUCAUGACUUAAGAGCCAAAGUAAGGUUAAGAUGCAGGAUGUUUGACCCGUGAUGUUUCUAAGUAGAAGGAAGAGCUUGGAGUUAAACACUGCUUCAUCUACUAUGGUGGGAACCUGCGAAGGAUACAGCCUGGGUUAACUUUAGAAAGAUGAACUACCCGCAGAUGUGAAAGCCCAGUGUUUAUGUAUUGUUGCAUUGCAUCUCUCAGCUGCAAAUCCUGCAGGAAGGAGAAGGAGGAAGUCGCAGGGGAGAGGAUGUCUGGACUGCUGUAUCCAUGUGAACAACCAUGCAUUGUGCAGAUAUUUAACUUGAAAAGAAUUGGAAGAUGUGUUUCUUUCGACUGUAUUGAAAUAUUUUCAUUUGUAAAGUGGCUAUUCCAACACUGAUUGAAUGUUAUAUGAAAGGCGUCUGUUUAUUUGGGCCCUUAAUGUAGCAGUACAGAUGUUGGAGGACUGGAGCUGUGAACCUGACUGCUGACAUUUUAACAAAAUAUUUAAAGAGAGAUGGUUGUAAAGGGGAAUAUAUCGCAUGAAAAAUGAUGAAAAUCUCAGAUUAUGAUUUUUAUGCAAGGAUUUUAUAGCAUGAGCCAGACCAGGUGUGAAAAAAUGCUGCACAUUUUUACGUUUUGACUUUGUUAAACCCAAAUCCUACAGAUUUCUCAGGCUACAUGGUUUACCAGAUCAGAAACAGCAGGAGGCUGAUUUACUUGUGACCUAGAUUAUUGUAUUUAUUCAAUGACGUUAGUCAGCGUUUUGCCUACAAAUGAAGAAUAUGUUUGUUCUGUGUGGUUCAAUAAACACACAAAAUGACUCAU